AUGAGAGGAAGGCGAGGUAGGCCGCCCAAGACGCUCGAUGCUUCGCCGGCGGGAGGUGGCGGGGGACCGGCCGGCAGUCUGAGGUACCGGGCCACCGGGGUCGGCAGAGGCAGAGGGGCAGACCGGAGGCUGAAUCACGCCGAAGCUGGCGGUAGAGGGAGCCGGACCUCGAGAGGCGGCAAGGCGGGGAACCGGGGCAGGGCCAAGGCCGCGGCUCAGCAGCAACGGCAAGGCAGCCGCUCCCGCAGGCUGACCGUCAACAAAGUCAUCUACGACGACCACGAGAGUGAGGAGGAAGAUGAGAGUCUGGUGUCCGAGGAAGACGACGACGACGACGAGGACGAGCGGGAGAACGACGACGAGGACGAGCAAGAUUCGGAUUACCACCAGGCCACCGAGGAGGAGGAAGAGGACGACGAGGACGACGAUGCUAGUUAUUGCACAGAGAGCAGCUUUAGGAGUCACAGCACUUACAGCAGUACUCCAGGGAGGCGAAGACAGACAAGGGUGCAUCGGGCAAGAUCGCCAUUGUUUGAAGAAACAAAUGUUGUUCCUCUUGAUAUUCCAAAAUGUUCAGAAGACUUACUGGUCCCCAGUGAAGAGCUGUUGAGCAUUAUUGCUAUUUAUGAGGUGUUGAAUAAUUUUGGUGCAGUGUUGCGUCUUUCACCUUUCCGCUUUGAAGACUUCUGUGCUGCAUUAGUUGGUCAGGAACAGUGCACAUUAAUUGCAGAAAUGCACAUUGCUUUGCUGAAAGCGAUUUUGCGAGAAGAGGAUUCUUCGAACACCACCUUUGGUCCUGCUGACUUAAAAGAUAGCAUCAAUUCUACGUUGUACCUUAUAGAUGGGAUGACAUGGCCAGAACUGGUUCGGGCCUAUUGUGAAAGUGACCGGGAAUACCAUCACGUAUUACCCUAUCAGGAAAAGGACGAAUAUCCUUAUGGACCAAUUGAAAACAAAAUCAAAGUUCUUCAAUUUUUAGUGGAUCAGUUCCUUACAACGAACAUUGCCCGUGAGGAAUUGAUGUCAGAGGGUGUGAUCCAAUAUGACGACCACUGUCGGGUUUGUCACAAGCUUGGUGAUCUGCUUUGCUGUGAAACCUGCUCAGCUGUGUACCAUUUGGAAUGUGUGAAACCACCACUUGAAGAAGUGCCAGAGGAUGAGUGGCAGUGUGAGAUCUGUGUGGCACACAAAGUUUGUGGCGUUUGUGAUUGUGUGCCUGAAAUCCAGAAAAAUAAACCAUAUAUUCGCCAUGAGCCUAUAGGAUAUGACAGACACAGACGGAAGUAUUGGUUCCUGACUAGAAGGAUUAUAAUUGAAGAAGAUAAAGAAGAUGAAAAGGAUAAGAAAGUAUGGUAUUACAGUUCAAAGGUACAGUUGGCUGAACUCAUUGAAUCUUUGGACAAAGAAUACUGGGAAUAUGACCUCUGCAGAAUACUGGAAGAAAUGCGUGAUGAAAUUCAUCGGCAUAUGGACAUUACAGAGGAAUUGACCAAUAAAGUUCGUGGCAAUAAUAAAUCUUGUCUUAGUGCAGCUAAUGGAAAUGGGGACUCCACGGAGCCAGGCUGGGGAGGAUUACAGGUUGUGGGAACUCUGAAUCAAGCUCCUACGCAACAAGGCGAGGAAAUUUUGGAGCGGCAGAAAGCAAAACAAGAAGCAGAGAUGGAGGAAGUUAAGCAAAAGGCAGCAGAACAAGCAGAGAAGGCCAAGAGAGAAACUGGGGAUAAUAGCCAAAUGGAGAUUGAGAGAAACAAUGAAACAUCAGAAGAGCAAACUGAAGAGAAGGACAAAGAUAGUAAGGAGGCUGAAGAAAAUCUUCAGGCAAAAGGCACAGAAGACCCCACACCUAGUGUCGAUAAUUGUAGCUCUGAAAAUUCAGGGACUUUGAAGAGUGAUGGCAGCAGCCAAAAUGCUUCUGCAGAUGAAAAUAAGCCUUGCCCAGCGAAGGACACUGGAGAGACAGAGCUAGCAAAUCCUGAAGCUGAGAAGCUGACAGAGGAGAAGAAACUGGCGGUCGAAUCAGUACAGCUCCCCCUGGAUAGAACAGAAGAUGCUAUUGAGACUUCUACUGAUGCUGCAAACACUGCUGUGAAAGCUACAUCAUCACCGUUGCCUGCUGAUGAUAGUACCAGCAAUGUGGAUUUGUCCAAUGAGACAACCACUCAGGAUACCAGUUUCAAAAUGGUUGAGGAUUUAGAGAAUAUGGAGGGAUCUUCUCAGUCUUCAGGAAAUGGCCAGGAUGAAACAGAAUCAGCAGAACUCAGCGGUGAUAAAACAUAUGGUGAAAAUGGUGAUUCCUUUGGAGCUGGUAAAGGAUCAUCUAUCCCUACUAGGAUGGUCACAAGGUUACGGAACCCUGACAGCAAGUUGAGUCAACUUAAGAGUGCCCAAGCUGCUGCUGCAGUGCAUGAAGCAAAUAAAUCAUUUAAGGAAGGCAGAGAGGUCCUGGUGGUGAAUUCACAAGGGGAAGUUUCUCGUCUGAGUACAAGGAAAGAUCUGGUGAUGAAGGGAAUUGUGAAUAACUUGUUCAAGUUGGGUCAAGAAGGAAAGUAUCGUGUCUACCAAAACCAAUACAGCACCAGCACUUUGGCACUCAACAAGCAUCAGCACCGAGAAGAUCAUGACAAACGAAGGCAUCUUUCACAUAAGUUCUGCAUGACCCCUGCAGGCGAGUUCAAGUGGAAUGGUGCUGUGCAUGGGUCAAAAGUACUUACAAUAUCUACUUUAAGACUGACCAUUAUCCAGCUGGAGAAUAAUAUCCCAUCCUCAUUCCUGCAUCCUAACUGGGCUUCACAUAGAUCUAAUUGGAUAAAAGCAGUCCAGAUGUGCAAUAAACCAAGAGAAUUUGCGCUAGCUCUUGCAAUCCUUGAAUGUGCAAUCAAACCUGUCGUCAUGCUUCCAGUCUGGCGGGAUUCUUUAGGCCAUACCAGGUUUUAUCGAUUAACAUCAGUUGAAAGAGAAGAAAAAGAGAAAAUCAAAAAGCGAGAGCGGAAACAAGAGGAAGAGGAAGUAAUGCAACAAGCUACCUGGGUGAAAUAUACCUUCCCUGUAAAGCAUCAGGUAUGGAAACAAAAGGGAGAAGAAUAUCGUGUAACAGGAUAUGGCGGUUGGAUGUGGAUUAGUAAAACUCAUGUCCAUCGUUUCGUGCCCCGGCUACCUGGAAAUACGAAUGUACAUUAUCGGAAGGAGCUGGAAGGUGAACAGAAACCUAAUGCAAAACUGGAUCAAGAUGCGUGCUCCUCUUCAGUAAAAAUGGAGUCUGAAGCCUGUAAGAAACACCAAUCAUCUCAACACUGUAAAGAUCUGGCAGAGAAUGACACAGUCACAGACAAGUCAUUUGAGAUAAAGUCAGAAGAGGAAGACAAGAUAGAAGAAAAGGAGGAAGGAAUGGAAAUUGAUACAAAUCCUGUGUCAUCACAAACUGAAAAGAGAGAGAACAGUGAAAAUACCAGAAUUGAUGGUGAUAAGUUAAUAAAGGAUGAACCAAUGAAUUUGGAUGAGACCAAAAAUGAAUCUGGUUCACAAGAGCAGGAAAAAAAUAUCUCUACUGAUCUUAUCAACGUGAGUGAGGCCUUUCAACUCAGGACUUGGUAUAAAAAGAGAGUAAAAACAUCAAAAUUAGAUGGGCUGCUGGAUCGGCGAAUAAAACAGUUUACAAUGGAAGAGAAGCAACGUCAAGAAAAACUGAAACAAGAAGCUUUAAUAAAAUUGCAGAAAAAGGAACAGAAAGGUGCAACUGAACCACAGAAACCUGAUGAUGCUGAAAGCUGUCUUCAGAAAAAACCUGAAUCCGUUGUAGCAGUGCAAGAAAAAGAACAUGUGAGUCAGAUCUCUCCAAAGAUCACUUUUGAAAGCUCAAUGGCAUCAGUUCAAGAAAAUGCUGUUCAGAAAAGUCAAGCGUUGAUCCAAGGAAAUAAUUCAGUUUUGGCACCGUUGAAGGAUCCAGGUAUUGACAAUGCCAAGUCAAACCAAAAACUUAUCAAGGAGGCUACUGAGAAUAAUAUUGAAUCAGUGGUCACAAGCACUGAAACCAAUGAAUUACAUUUAAAAAGCCAGGAAAAUGGUGCCGAAGGCAGCAGUGUUCAGUUGGUUGUGGGAAAAUAUUCUGUAAAUAAUAGUUCUGAUGUGAAAAAUGAGUGUGUUGGCAAGAUCUGCGAGCCAUUGGCAGGAGGAGGAAACUAUGACAAUCUAAACACAAAGAUGGAAGCGGGUGUUGUUGAAGGGAGAAGUGAUCGAAUGGAGACAGAUGAAAACAUUGAAAAACACAACCCUGAAAUAAAGACAAAUAAAGAGAUUCUUGAAAUUGCAUAUCCUCAAAAGAUAGAGCCACAAACCAGUGAAGCAAUUUCUGGAAAAUGUGGUGAACCAAUGAUUAUUGAGGAAAAUGGUAUAAAAGAAAUACAUGUUCACAAGGAAAGCAAUAGUAUUGAAAGUCGAUGCCUUGAAAAAAUGGACAUAGAUGACAAUAUGGAAACUAAGAUUUCUGAAAUGGAAGUGAUAGAUAAACUAGAGAAUCAGCACCUUGUUGAUCAGGUUAAUGGAAAAGUCAUUGUGGAAUCAAAAUCAGCUGUUAUGAAAAACUCUGAAUUGGUGCCAUCUGAAGCAUCUGAUGUUGCUGUUAAUAACAUAGAACGUCUUAAAGAAAAGAGCAGCAUCAAAGUGAACUCUGAAAACGAAACAAAGUCAUCAGCAAGAGAUCCACUCGUUAAGCUAGUUAUGAAUGGAGAUAUUACCAUGGAUGAUCUAGAAGAAAAGCCGAAUAGACUAGAAGGAAGAACUUUAGUAGCUGCUCAUUCCAAGGUUCAAGAUAAUAUAAUAACACAUAACGAUAAUGUAUUGCCCCAAUUAAAGGCGCCUAGGCUAGAUGAUGCAGUUCCACAGGUUAAAGCACCCAGGUUAGAUGAUGCCGUCCCACAAUUAAAAGCACUAAGGUCAGAUGAUGCUGCCUCCCAGGCAAAAGCACCCGGCAUAGAUAAUGCUGUCCCACAUGUAAAUGCACCCAGACUUGAUGAUUCAGAUCCACAGGUAAAUGCACCCAGCAUAGAUGAUGAUGUCCCACAGGAAAAGGCACUCGGCAUAGGUGAUUCAGUCCUGCAGGUAAAGACACCAAGAUUAGAUGAUUCAGUCUCACAGGUAAAGGUACCCUGUGUAGAUAAUUCAAACCCACAAGUAAAGGCACCCAGGUUAGAUGAUGCAGUCUCACUGAUAAAGGCUCAAGUGAAUCCAUCCAAGUUAGAACCUGUACUAUUGCAGGGAAAUGAACCAGGAUUACUUAAUAUUUCUGAAGUAGUAAAUUCUUCCAAAGAGUCAGGUCUUUUAAAUGUUGAUAUGGAUAAAUCAUUAGAGACUGAAAAUAGAGCAAAACCAUUGGAAAUAGAUGGACAGCUGCAUAAAAAAGCUGCUUCUACACCCCUUAUUUCAAUACCAGACUCCACUUUGAGCAAGAGCUUCAGUGAGCAAAAUGGGAUGCAAUCGGAAAAUGAAGUGGGUGGUGUCAAUGGGGAUCAUGAGGUUAAAACGAUUAUUACUAAAAUGACCACCACAACUACGACCAUUUCUACCCAGUCCAAAACUGUUGUUAGUGUAACUGAAGCUUCUUCUCCACAGAGCAAUAUUCCGUCAAUGGUGUCCUGUAUUAAGAACUGUGCUGUUUGUUCAACAACAACCACAACCACAACAAUCACAAAAGUGACCACACCGAAACUGGACAGUACCGUGGAUGCUGUGACAGUCACAGAAAAAACUGUUGUUACAACCACAGUGACUGACUCUGUGGCCACUCCAGGUGGGAUGUCAACAACUACCAUGACAGUAAGUAAAGAAUAUUCCACCAAGGAUAAAGUAAAACUAAUGCGGUUUUGUCGGCCCAAAAAGACCAGGUCUGGCACAGCCCUGCCUUCAUACCGUAAAUUUAUUACCAAAAGCAGCAAGAAGAGCAUAUUUGUCCUACCCAAUGAUGACCUACGAAAAUUAGCCAGGCGAUCUGGGAUUCAAGAAGUUCCAGGAUUUAACUACAAUGCAAAGCCUGCACAGGACAUCUGGCCGUAUCCAUCACCGAGACCAACAUUUGGCAUUGCGUGGAGAGGUGUUUGAUAAGGUGCCGCAUCAAACAUUAUUGCACAAGAUAAGAACACAUGAUGUAGGAGUAACAUAUUUGUGUGGAUAAAGGAUUGGAAACAG